CAUCAUGGCUGCGUCUGGGUUUCCCAGGGGUGUGAGCGAUGACGAUGAUGACUGGGAGGAGGAGGAGGAGGAAUCCACAUCCACGCGUGACGCGCAGCACAAGAAGAGGGGCAAACAAGGCAGCGGGGGUCUGGUUCCAUCCAAAUCCACCGUGUAUGUGAGCAAUCUCGAUUUCGCGCUCACCAACAGCGAUCUCUACACGAUCUUCAGCAAAAUGGGCAAAGUAGGCAAGGUGACGGUGAUGAAGGACAGGGUAACGCGGCAGAGCAAAGGAGUGGCAUUUAUCUUGUUCACUGCGCGAGAGGAUGCCGAGAAAGCGGUGAAGGCCAUGGAUGGAGUGGUGCUCAACAAGAGAACCUUGAAAGUUUCCAUUGCGCAAGACAAUGGCCGGGCUCGAGAGUUUAUCCGUCGCAAGGUUUACAAGGACAAGAGCCGGUGCUACGAGUGUGGCGAGGAUGGCCAUCUAUCGUACGAGUGUCCAAAGAACAAGCUUUUCAGGGAGCGGCCUUGUCCCAAGAAGCAGCGUCGGGGACAAAAGGACGUAACGCAACCGGUGGACGAUCCAGCUGAGAGCGAGGACGAAGAAGGAGAAGAACAAGAAGAAGCUCCAGCACCUGAAGGCUGGGCAUCAAUUGUAGACACGAGGAAUACAUUUGAUACGCAACACACUCAAAAGCAGCCAUCACGAGGACUCAAGGGGCCGAGAAAGAGCAGUGGCUACUUUAGUGAUGAAAGCGAUCACGAUUAGAUUUCAAGCAGCAUGGCAUUCACUGUCUGUCUUGUAUGGUAUGGCAACUCUCUCAACCAAGGCUAAGAACUUCGAUCUCGAAAACAAGCUCGGAAUUUGGUUCAAUGCCCCACGCAGGGAAUCCAUCCUUCCCGUAAGCAUAGUCCGGAGUGCACUGGAGCAACAAAGAAGCCUCAUUACUGCCAGUGAAAUCGACAAGAAAUAUAAUAAGCUUACCUUUA